AUGCACUUUCCGGGCCCUUUUGCACCUCCGCCCUCCCCCCUCCCACGACUGGCCACCCUCUCCAUCUACGCCUCUGCGGCCGUGUGCCUGCCCGUGGGCCGCACUGCCAGCACCACCCGCAGCCAGCCUCGCGUGGUCUCCAGGCGCGCUCCUUUUGUCAGCAAUGGCAACAUCAAGCGCACCACCGCCAUGCUGGUGUGGACCCCCACCAACAACAAGAUGUUCGAGACCUUCUCGUUCCUGCCCCCCCUGUCCGACGACCAGAUCUCCCGCCAGGUCGACUACAUCAUCUCCAACAAGUGGAUCCCCUGCCUGGAAUUCAUCGACGACCCUUUCCCGUACGUGGCGCAGGAGAACACCAUCCGCAUGGGUGCCGUGGCCUCCAACUACUACGAUAACCGCUACUGGACCAUGUGGAAGCUGCCCAUGUUCGGGUGCAACGACGGCAGCCAGGUGCUGACCGAGGUGGGCAACUGCCGCAAGGCCUUCCCCGAUGCGUACAUUCGUCUGGUCGCCUUCGACAACGUCCGCCAGGUGCAGAUUGGCGGGUUCCUUGUCCACAGGCCCCCCUCCGCCAACGACUUCCAGCCCACCGACAAGCGCUCCGUGUGA